GGAACAGCUGCCAGUUCUACUGGAGAGAAUAUGAAGUGUAUGGACUGCCUAGCUGUUUUCAACACAUCUAUUAGCCCUAAGAUACAUGUGUGCCCAGCUCUCAACAAGACACACACAUGUGACAACUGCAAUAAAGUUUACUCUAGUCUAGGGGCACUCACGUUCCACCAGGCCUCUCACUUAGAUAAGAAUCCAUUUGUAGUUGAGAAUGAUGGCUCCCCUACUCUGUAUCAAUGUGACAGGUGCCCAAAACGCUACAAGAAUGAUCAUUCCCUCGUAACCCACUUGAACCAACACAAUAAUGGUGACAAAUACAAAUGUUCCCAUUGCGAGAAAUUCUGCAAAACCAGACAAGGAUUUGAGUACCACAUACGACGGGAACAUUCUGGAGAAAAACCUCACAAAUGUAAACACUGCCAUCUAUGUUUUAUCUCAUACUCUAGUCUACAGAAUCACAUGGACAAACAACACACAGAUCCUAAAGAUUUCAAGCACAAAUGUGAGAUAUGUACUAGUGUAUUCCCAAGGGCUUACAAACUAAAGACACAUAUCAACGAGUGCCAUAAUGAUGAAAAACCAUUCUCCUGUCCCCAGUGUAGUAAAAAAUUUGCUCGCCAGGUAGGUGUAAAACUCUGUAUGGACUCCCAUAACAGGCCAUAUGUAUGUUCGGAGUGCCAAUCCUCAUUUACACAGAAAUGCCACCUAAAAGAGCACAUCAAUAGCAAACAUAGCAGUGAGAGAAGAUACGCUUGCGAGACCUGUAUGAAAUGUUUCCCAACUAUGAAAUCAGUGAAGCAGCACAUCACUGAUUGUCACUCUGAUAAACGCUACAUCUGUGAGAUAUGUCACCAGGAUUAUAAAUAUAGGUCCAGUUUCCAUAGGCAUAUGAAAACCCACAAAAAUACUGAUCUGACAAAGGAUAUUGAUGAGGAACAAAAUUAUAUGAUAAUGUGCCAAAUCUGUGAGAAAGUUUUCGAGGAUUAUACCACAUAUGAUGAACAUUUUGAGAAAACACAUAAAAUGAAUCAAUCAAAUCAACAAGACAAUGUGAGUAGUUUAAAAGAUAAAGUUAUGAUUAUUGAGGAUUCUAAUUCCAUAGUUGCUAUCGAUGACAUUCAAGAAAGUGCCAUUAUUGAUGGUGGUACUAUUGAAUGUGAUACCAUUGAAAAUAGUGCAGAUGAUGGUAUCAAUAUUGAAACUGAAACGAUUGUUCAGGAAAACAUCCAUGUUCUUAAUGAAUCAGGCAACAAUGUUAUUCAGUUGGAUUUCAAACCUGGUCACGUCAGUAUUGAUAGACUUGUUAAGAUUAAUGACACGGAGUAUCAGGUAGAGAUCGUAAAAGAUCCAUCAGCCCCAAAUGUUGAUGAAUCAAGUGAGGCCAAUGACACUGUACUACAUGUAGAGAUAUCUGAAAAUGGAUCAUUGGUUAUCAGUGGGAAUGAUACCUCAGAAAGAGAAGUUUUAACAUAAUAGAGUAUCAAAAUUUCAGAUAUAAUCAAAGUAAGGCAUUACUACUGGUAUGUUAUCCCUCUUAAUAAAUGCCCAUGGGUGUUAUUUUGAAGGUACUUUGGAGGCAAUGGGUGUGAUAAUGAAGGGUGUGCAAGACAAAUUCUAACAAAUAAAAUCAUUAUUUAUUAUUUAUAUACAUAAAUAUUGUAUUUUAUUUCCAUAGUUUAAUAACAUAUUGGAAGAUUACUGAUUUAAAUAAACUAUAUUAAACUGAGUGAAAUAAUGUUUGUUUUGCGAUUCUUGACAACUGAUGUUUUAUAUUUAGCCCACUUAAUUGUAACCUACAUCACAAAUCCACUGUAUGGAUUUCUUGGUAACUGUACAUCAAGAGAAAAAUAUAACUUUAAAAUCAUAAACAGUUCAGUUCACUGUAACGUUGUUUCAAAUUCUUGCUAACUGUAUAUACACAAAAAUAACUUUAAAAUGAUGCAGUUUUGUGGCAAGUUAAGCAUGUCAUACCCAAAGACAUCCAAUCAAAUUUGUUUCCUUGAACCCAGGAUUGUGUUAUGAAGAUCAACAUGCUACUUACCAAGGAAAUCCCUUAUAUGAAUUAUAACUACAAAUCAAAUGUCUUUUACAGUUCCUGCUUGGAAUUACAAACCAAAAACUCCUGGUCAAAGCUUAUUUUUCAAGAAUUUUGGGAUUAUUCUUUCAUUUUGACAUUACAUUUUUAUGAUUAUUAAAAGAAAACAAGACAUUAACAUGUAAAAUGUCACCACCUGCCUUUUGU